AUGGCUCCAUUCAAGGCUUUGUAUAGUAGAAAGUGUAGGUCCCCAGUUGGAUGGUUUGAUUCUUUUGAGGUUAGACCUUGGGGUACUAAUUUGUUGAGAGAUUCCAUGGACCAGGUGAGAUUGAUACAAGAUCGACUCUUGGCGGCUCAGAGUAGACAAAAGAGUUCUGCUAACAAGUGGGUCUGUGACUUGGAGUUCAUGCAGGUUGCUUAUGAGUUGGCUUUACCACCAGGUCUUUCAGCCGUACAUCUAGUUUUUCAUGUUUUUAUGUUGAAAAGGUACCAUCCAGAUGAUUCACAUGUGAUUCAGUGGGACUCGGUGAUUUUAGAUCAGAAUUUAACUUUUGAGGAAGAGCCUAUAGCUAUCUUGGAUAGGCAGGUUAGAAAGUUAAGAUCCAAGGAGAUAGCUUCUCUGAAGGUGCAGUGGAGGCAUCGUCCUGUUGCUGAAUCUACUUGGGAGGUUGAGUCCAAUAUACGGAGUAGAUAUCCACAUCUCUUUGAUAGUCCAGGAUUAACAGUGAGAUAUAUAGCUGAUAAAUUAUCACACCAAAGCUACAAGCAGCUGGUAAUGUUAUAUGCAAUUCCUGGAGAAGAUGUUGAAGCCAAGAAUUUCAACAGUAGCUGCGGCUAA